CGGGUGGCAGGCUGUGGAAUACAGUGAAGAAGCUCAGAGGCGGGAGAGGGAAGGAAUGAAGUCCAGCUCAUAAUCUGUCACCGUCCAGUUGACGCACGUCCUCGUGGGCCGGGAUGAUCACUGACUCCCAUGAGCAGCAGGCACUGCUCCAGGACUAUAGAAUGACUGGGAAGACCCUGACCAGCAACGUGACCAACAAGAAUGACCCGCGCUCCCUCAACUCCAGGGUCUUCAUCGGGAACCUUAACACAGCUGUGGUCACCAAGACCGACAUCGAGGCCAUCUUUGCCAAAUACGGGAAGAUCGUGGGCUGCUCGGUGCACAAAGGCUACGCCUUCGUCCAGUACGCCAGCGAGAGGAACGCUCGGGCCGCCGUGUCCGGGGAGAACUCCAGAGUCAUCGCUGGACAGUCUCUGGAUAUCAACAUGGCAGGAGAACCCAAACCCUACAGGCCGAAGAUAGCCUCUAAGAGACCCCUGUCAUCCUUGUACAGUGGCUAUGAGUUCGACUAUGACUACUACAGAGAUGAUUUCUACAGCAGACUUUUCGAGUACCACGGUCGUGUGGUGCCCCCGACCCGAGCUGUGAUCCCCAUCAAACGGUCUCGACUAGUCGUGCCGUCCGCUCGCAGAGCCAAGUCCUCCUUCCCGGCCAGGACCUGCUCUUCCUCGUCCUCGUCCUCCUCUUCAUCCUCCCGAGCGAUCAACAUCGGUUCCUCUGUCACCAGCCCCAAAUUGAAGACAGACCAGCUCCUGACAAUCAAGAAGGAGCUCUCGCAGAUCAAAACAAAGAUCGACUCGCUGCUGGGCCGGUUGGAGAAGAUCGAGAGGCAGCAUCGCUCCGAUGCCGAGGUGCAAAGGAAACAAGACGAGGCGUGUGAGCGUCUGCACGGUGAUACAGAGGACCACUCUGGAGGGGAGGAGGUGGAGGAGACAGCCGAGGUGGAGGCAGGCGAAAUGACGGACGGCGGCGAAGACGACUUUGAAGACGAAGUCGCCGCUGAUAUGCUAGAGAACCACAUAUCGGACAUCGACAACUGAGUGCGUCGAGGGGAAAACAAGACGAAAACAAAACAAAACAAAAAAGACAUUUUGACAACAAAGACCAGCGAAACCUUCUUGAUGAAGGAGGUGUUUAAAUGACACGACGAGGGACGCGAGCGACAGCGGAGGAAGACAUGUUGCAGCUCGUUCUCCUCAUCGACGCUCCUGAUGUUGAUGCUCCAUCAAACUGCUGGGUAUAAAUAUCCUGCAGACAAGAUCAGCUGCCGAGAGCGACGGAUCGACUCCCCUCAGAACAGCUGCUUUCCUCUGAAACGGGGACAAAACAGUAAAUUGUGUGCUUAAUUUAUACAUAGAUAUAAUGAAAUCGGCCUGUAUUGUGUACAUAAAUACAGUUAUGUGAACAGAAACUGACUUUCUUUUUUGUUAUUUCUCAAUGUUUGUUUUGUUUUUGUGAUUUAAGCCACAUUUCAGGGAGUGAGCUAAAUACGAAUGUAAGAGAUGUUUUAUUUGGAGAUGUACUCUGUCUUGUUUUCCACGCUGUAAUGUACGCACAUCAUGUGUUCCUCACAGGAGGAGGCAUUUUAAAUUCUUUGCAUUCUGUUUAUGGUAAUCAAAAGAUGACUGAUAUUUCCUACCAGCAUGUAAAAGUGUAACUGUUCCAGAUCAUUUUUUUCCCAUCUGUUGUACAGCCAUGGAUGAUAAGACUUUUUGACAUAAACCUGCCACUAUCUUAAAAAAACAAAAA